CCCAGACGAGCUUAGCACACACCGGUGGUCCCUUCGAACUCCCAGGAUCAACUGAUUGUGUGCUGGGGCAGGAUUCAAGGCCUAUCUUCUCGGCGCUUGAGUUCCUGAACGUUUCGAGUGUUUAAGGAGUCAACGCUUGUAACCACUGCCAUUCUCCAUCCCGGUACCGCACAGGACGAUGCUGCGAACGAUUACCCUCUUUUUGGUCUCUUGUAUCUUCAUACAAACGUGGGCCUCACCUGUGGUCGACCUUGGAUCACAAAUCCUAUCUCCCAGGAGUUUGCAGCGAAGAACGGACCCAUACUUCCCUGACGAACCGGAGUCUUGUCCCAUCUGUGCAAAGGACUAUGACAGUAUCAGGAGCUGUGCAGAGGCAACCCCGGUAUUCCAGAACUUCUCCGUGGCAUGUCCUUGAAAAAUCGACGGCUCGUACUGUGAGGCUGACUUGAAGCAGGUCAUGUUCAAUCCGGGAGCCUUUGUGGACGUUAUCCAGUGUGCCUGUGCAGAUACGUUCAAGGCUGUAUUCCCCCAAUGCGUCGACUGUUUCCUUCGGACAGGGCAGGAGCGUGUUAUCAUGGGUGAAGACCUUCCAUCUGUCGUGGAAGGUAUCCGACGGAUAUGCGCCGUCGCCAGCACCCUGGUCGGAAACGUCACGGAUAGCAAUAACGCACCACCACCCCCGGUUGCAGAGGGAACGGGAACGAGGACCGUUCAAGCCGUGUCGUUCACGUCGGUUUUAUUGGUCGCUGGUCUAUCUGUCGCAGCGAUGCUUGCGGGCUCUUGAGCCUUGAACAGGCACAUUUCUCUCCUUGCUUAUUAUUUGGAUUUCUUCCCUCCCUAGCUGGAUACCCCUCUCGUUCAUCUUCACGAGUAUUCAUGACUUAUGACCUCUUACGAACUAUCACGAUGUGACUAACCCUGUUGUAAACACUUGUGUAAAUCUAAGUAUAUUCAAC